AUGUCUGGAGUUAGAGGAUGGAGGAAUGGCAGCAGGUACAAGACGGCUGGUGCCUCCGGUACCCUGGCUUCCUCUCAGGAUUACCUCUGGGAUGGCAACAACAAAAGAGAGAAGGCUGAAAACCCCCAGAAGCCAACAACAUCUAAAGAGGAGCAAAGUGGCCAAGCAUCGGGCUACCAACAACAGCAAGAGCAGUAUGUUGGCCCUUAUGUCUUGAUAACUCCAAACAAAACCAGAAGAAACCAGCUGCAGCAAAUUGCUAAGAAAGAGCUGGAUGACUUGGAGCGAUUGAAGGAAGAGCACAGGCAAAGGCCAAUUAACAUGGUUCCACAGAUACUGGGUGGAAAGGAAUCAGAAGCUGAAGUAAGGCAAAAACAGCAAAUGAUGCUCAUGCAAUCAAAAUACCAGCAAAAGCUCAAGAGAGAAGAACAUAUAAAAGCGAAAAAGGAAGCUGAAGAAGAUGAAAUCCUGAAAAAGAAAGCCAUUCAGAGAGAAAAGGCAGAAAGACUUGAAAUAAAGAAAAGGCAGCAAGAAAUGCAAAGAAGAGAGAUGUUCCUUGAUGAUCAAUAUUACAAAACCAAUGGAUUAUUGAACAGAUUGGGCUUGGGUUUGCCAAAGAGUGAUUCUUGUCAGAUUGCUAAUCAUGGCCCAGAAUCUACAGCAUGGAUGAGAAGCCGUACUUAUAAGCAAGCUCUUCGAGAGGAUGAAAACAGAAGAUUAGAGGAAAUGAAGCAAGAACAACGGAGGAAGGCUGAAUUAAUGGAAUUUAAACAAAAGCAGAAAGAGGAAGACAGGAUGAGAGCACGUCAAGAUGAACAGAGGAGGGUAAAUAACGCUUUCCUGGACCGACUCCAGAACAAAACACAACCUACUAGCAUCGGCCAACCUGAAAAUUCUGGGAGCCUGGACUAA